AGUACUAGGUAUAUAUCGGCGAAAAGCUCCUCUCUCAGCUAGGGCUCCGGCGAUCCCAAAUGGCGGCUCGUUAUCUGCUUAUCAAAGCUGGAAAAUUGACCCUUUCUUCUUCUCAUCCCCUCCUCGCUGUUAAACGUACUUCUUCUCUCUCUACUUCUUCUCUCCUUCGCCCAUUGAUUCCCGCAUCCUCCUCCGCCGACAUCCCCUGCUUCUCCCUGGCGGCAGAAACUGUUGCUCGGCCGUCUCUCAGCCCUGAUCAUGAUCCCCGUCGCAUGGAAUUCCCUGAUAGGUCAGAUUUCGAGCUCUGGCGAGCUAAUGGGUUAGAUUUCGAGCACUGGCAAGUUUGUCUCGGGGGGUUUGACAGCGGGAUUACCAGAGGUGAGAUCGUUGAUACCUGCGUCGGAAAAGCGGUUACCAGAGAUGACAUCAUUGAUACCUACGUCAAAACCCUUGCUAUGGUCGUCGGAAGUGAGGAAGAAGCGAGAAUGAAAAUCUAUUCAGUUUGGACAAGAAUGUUUUUAGCGUUUGGAGUCCUCGCAAGUGAAGAACUUGCAGACAAAAUAAAAGAAUUGCCUAGAGUCAUACUUGUGACCCCUGAUUCUUACAUGUUUCCUGAGACCAAGGACUAUGGAGGGGAACCUUUCAUCAAUGGACAGGCCCUACCGUUUGACACUAAAUAUUAUCUCCCGUUUAGUCAACGAAGUCGGCCCCGAUACAAGAAAUCAAGAAACCUUGAAGUGCCUCCUAAUAGCACAAAAGGAAUGCAGUCGGAGGGGAACAAAGUGGAACAGGAUGAAGCGGAAAGUUGAAGACCAUAGGAAUUCUUAUAUUUAAUGGUUUGAGAGAGAGAUUCUUGGGGAGUGGGAAUUGGGCUUUAUUUUGUUAUGUAUUAAAGAUAAAUGACCAUUACUCUUUUUAAUUUUUGUUUGUUUGCUUGCUUUGUUUAUAUGACUUGUGAAUAUUAAUUAAUUUGAAUUUAUCUUACUCAUACUUCUAAUUUUUAA